ACUACUAUUUUGCAAAAUAGUAUAUUCAGAGCUUCAUUUCAGUCCUCCAUCUGUAGUCCGUAUUCAUUUCCCUCUCUUCCUCCAUUAAAGCUUUGCUUCAUAUGCAUAAUAGAUAAUACCACUUCUCAAGCAUUCAUCAUCUUAUUUCAUCACUCAUCCUUUUCUGCUAAACUCCUCCUCGCUCUUAGGUAAAGUCUCCCAAAGAGUUUUUGAACUCCCGUGGAGGUAUUGGGGAGGAAGUAGCCGCACCUUGUUUCUCUGUUUUGGACAAUCCUGCUUUUGAUGUCACUCCCCAUUAUUGGAUUUUUGGAGUCAUAACAAAGGAGGAGGAAUUCUUUUUUUUUUUUUUUUGAAUUGAUGGAACGGAACUUCAUUGCUAUGAGAAUUCAUGGUUCACCUCUUGGGUUUCAAAAUCUGUUGAUAUCAAGUUGGUUACACAGUUCGCCUCAAUUCCCCAACAAGUUUCAAAAUACUACUAGAUCUUUGUUCACUUCCAUUCAACGGAGUAGUUUCAAAAUACUACUAGAUCCCAGAUGUAAAUUUGAACACCAAAACACUGAAGAUGGAAUGGAAAAUCGAGUAUGCUGGAGUAGCAAGGAGAAGUUGAAAUAUUAUUCAAGGAUAUUGCAUGAAUGUGCAUCAAAACGGUCUUUGGGUGUUGCAAAAGCCAUUCAUGGGCUUAUUGUGAAGGAUGUUAUUAAUCCAGAUUCCCAUUUGUGGGUUUCGUUGGUGAAUGUAUAUGCAAAGUGCAGGUACUCUGCAUAUGCUCGAUUAGUGCUUGCUAAAAUGCCUGAUCGUGAUGUUGUUUCUUGGACGGCAUUAAUUCAAGGUCUCAUAGCAGAAGGAUUUGCUAAUGAUAGUAUUUAUUUAUAUCAGGAGAUGCAAAAUGAAGGAAUCAUGCCCAAUGAGUUCACUCUUGCUACUGGAUUAAAAGCAUGUUCUUUGUGCAUGGCCUUAGAUCUUGGAAAGCAGAUGCAUGCCCAAGCUUUUAAACUUGGUUUAUUACUAGAUUUGUUUGUUGGAUCUGCACUUGUUGACCUUUAUGCUAAAUGUGGAGAGAUUGAAGUUGCAUCUAAAAUGUUUAUUGGUAUGCCUGAGCAAAAUGAUGUGACAUGGAAUGUGCUACUAAAUGGUUACGCUCAACGGGGUGAUGGGAUAGGAGUCUUGAAAUUAUUUUGUUGUAUGAUGGAAUUAGAUGUGAAGGUCAGCAAGUUCACUUUAACUACCGUUCUCAAGGGUUGUGCAAACUCCAAAAGUUUAAGACAAGGGCAGGCAAUCCAUUCCUUGAUUAUCAAAUGUGGGUAUGAAGGCGAUGAAUUCUUAGGUUGUGGUUUGGUAGAUAUGUACUCAAAAUGUGGGAUUGCAAUUGAUGCAUUAGAAGUAUUUAAGAUGAUUAAAAAGCCUGAUAUAGUGGUUUGGAGUGCCAUGAUUACAUGCCUUGAUCAGCAAGGACAAAGUGAGGAAUCAGUUAAGUUAUUUCACUUAAUGAGAUCGAGUGGCAGCAGACCAAAUCAGUAUACUAUUUGCAGCCUUAUAAGUGCUGCUACAAAUAUGGGAGACUUCCAAUAUGGCCAAAGCAUCCACGCUUGUGUUUGGAAAUAUGGAUUUGAAACCGAUGUUUCAGUCAGCAAUGCAUUGGUCACAAUGUACAUGAAAAAUGGAUGUGUGCAUGAAGGUGCCAGGUUGUUUGAAUCAAUGGUUGACCGAGAUUUGGUUUCAUGGAAUACAUAUUUAUCUGGUUUUCAUGAUUCUGGAAUGUAUGAUCAACUACUUAUUAACUUUUGUCACAUGUUAGAGGAAGGUUUUAUUCCAAACAUGUAUACUUUUAUUAGUAUUUUAAGAUCAUGUUCUUGUCUUUUUGAUGUGCACUUGGGGAGGCAAGCGCAUGUGCAUGUAAUUAAAAAUAAUUUGGAUGAUAAUGAUUUUGUUCAAACAGCUCUGAUUGACAUGUAUGCCAAAUGUAUGCACUUGGAAGAUGCUGAUGUAGCUUUCAACAGGUUAAGUGCUAGGGAUCUUUUUACAUGGACGGUUAUCAUUACUAAUUAUGCACAAAUAAACCAGGGAGAAAAGGCUCUUAAUUAUUUCAAACAAAUGCAACAAGAAGGUAUAAAGCCAAACGAGUUCACGCUCGGUGGCUGUUUGAGUGGUUGCUCUUCUUUGGCUUCUCUAGAAGGUGGACAACAACUUCAUUCUAUGGUUUUUAAGAGUGGACACAUAAGUGAUAUGUUUGUUGGCAGUGCCCUUGUUGACAUGUACUCAAAAUGUGGUUGUAUUGAAGAAGCUGAAACGUUAUUUGAAGCUUUGGUUAGGCGAGAUACAAUUGCAUGGAACACCAUUAUAUGUGGAUAUGCACAGAAUGGGCAAGGCAACAAAGCUCUCAGGGCCUUUAAGAUGAUGUUGGAUGAAGGCAUAUUGCCCGAUGAGGUCACCUUCAUAGGCAUUCUUUCCGCAUGCAGUCACCAAGGAUUAGUUGAAGAGGGGAAAAAACAAUUCAACUCUAUGUGUAGAGAUUUUCGUAUUUCUCCUACCGUAGAUCAUUGUGCUUGUAUGGUUGAUAUUCUAGGCCGGGUGGGAAAAUUUGAUGAGCUUGAAGAUUUCAUUCAAAAAAUGCAACUAUCACAACAUGCACUUAUUUGGGAAACUGUCCUUGGAGCUAGCAAAAUGCACGGUAAUUUGACAUUGGGUGAGAAAGCUGCGAACAAACUCUUUGAGCUUCAACCAGAGAAGGAGACAAAUUAUAUAUUACUCUCAAAUAUUUUUGCAGCCAAAGGAAGGUGGGAUGAUGUCAAAAGAGUUCGGACUUUGAUGUCUAGUAAAGGAGUUAAAAAGGAGCCAGGGUGUAGUUGGGUCGAGACUAAUGGUCAAGCUCACACAUUUGUGUCUCAUGAUUGUUCACAUCCACGAAUUCAGGAAAUACAUCUAAAGCUAGAGGAGCUUGAUAGAGAACUGACCUCCAUAGGAUAUGUGCCCAAAACUGAAUAUGUGCUUCAUAAUGUUGGAGAAACAGAAAAAAAUGAAAACCUUCGAUUUCACAGUGAAAGAUUGGCUCUUGCUUUUGCACUCAUAAGUACGAACACAACUAAGAAAAUUCGUAUUUUAAAAAACUUACGUAUUUGUGGAGAUUGCCAUGAUGUCAUGAAACAUAUAUCAAGUAUCACCAAUCGAGAAAUAGUUGUUCGUGAUGUUCAUAGAUUCCACCAUUUUAAGAGUGGCGCUUGCUCAUGUAAUGAUUUUUGGUGAUGUGGCUUCCCUAUGAACUUUAUUGUUGAGUCGGUUUCUUGUUUUGAUACCGAGGAAACUUGUUCAAGCCAUCACAAUAUCUGGACCGGAGAAACUUGGUUCUUUUAAGGGUAAUGUCUAUCCAAGUAUGUUUUUAUAUGAACACAUUUUUCGCUCUCCCAUUGCAUUUGAUUCCUCAUCCACAGUCUAAUGGAUCAAUAAAUAAAUAAUUGCUUAUAAUUGUCACUUGAUGUACGGUAAGUUAAUGAUAGCUGAAACUAAAAUUCCACAUUGGAUGCCAGGUCACUAUAGGGAAACACGUUUAGGGUUCAAACUUGACUAUGAUAUCCUUUAGGGCAACAACCAUAAAUUUGUAUUUUGGGGGAAGAUAGCUUGCCUGCAAGCAAAUAGAAAACUUGACACUAGUGUGGUCUAAGUCACAACCACCCCGAUGCUUAUGUCAAAAGGUUGGAAGGAGAAGAGAAUAUUUCAUCUUAGUUGGCGAACUUACUUCGUUUGUGCUCUGCUCGGUUUUUUUUAUAGGUUUUGACCUUCUCCCUAUUCCUUAUCCAUUUAGGGCUUUUAAUUGGGCUAUCUGUUUGGGAAAUCCUUUUGGGCCGAGGCCAACCAUCCCGCAUCCUUAUCCAGUGCUUUAGGGUUUCAUCCCUUCCUGGCCGAGCCUAUGUUGGGCCGAACUGGCUUGGGGCCGUUGUUGAUGGCAUCGGCCUCGGUACCAAGGCCGACCAAGCCUACUUUUCUCUUGGUUUCGUUUGAAUCCUCUUCUUUUGCUGUUUGUUGUCCAUUUUACCCUUGAUUACAAAAUCCACCCUCAACAUAUGCAACUAUUUAAACGAUGAAUUGAUAUUUCUGAAGUUUAAUUUUCAAAUAGUUCAAGCUAAAUUGAAGUGCAACAAUGUAAAUUUAUGCUUUUCUUAAAUUUUCUGAUCAAGUAAACAUUUUAAUAUGUACAGGAUCAAGUAAGCAUUUCCCCACUCGUUAUUUUAUUCUACUCUACUCAUUAAGUUAAUGAUAUCUGGACUGUAACAAGUCUUAAAUUCAAAGACAAAUCUGCUACUGAGCAAUAGUUAGAGGUUACUUUGUCCUCGGUUCUUCAUUUGGUGCUUGAAGAUCUGCACCGUCAUAACAAGGAUGGAAUUUACAGAGAUAUUUGCUUAAUGUGAAAUUGCGCAGCCAACAAAAUAACCUACUUGAUAGGGCUACUGGAGAGAAGAUUGCAAAAUAUCAUUAACUUUUUGUAUGGCAACUUGACAUAAUUGAUAUGCAGAAAAAGUACAAUGAAGCAUGUCUAAUUGGGAUGAGAAAUGGCCUUUUCUACAAUAUCUGAUGGACUUGAGCUUUCAGUACCAGGAGGGUGCAGGUUGAUGAACGUUCACUGUGGCAUAAUUGCCGUCAGAGGUAGGUAUAUAAAUUGAUGAGGUUGUUGAUAACAUGGCUAAGCAAAUUGGAGCACGGUUUAUCACGAAACUUAAAGGCUUCUCACUACGAACCUACACAUGCCAUGGCCAUUCCCUCUAAUUGAACGAGACAGGCCCUUUCAAUUGUGGCUAAAAUCUUCUUUUAGCUGCAUAAGGAAGCUCUCAGACCACGGAGACUAAUGCCCAACCCAAAAGUCUAAACCUGGCAAUCAAUAUACCUUAGGGGAAAGUAUUUUGGAUGGUUCAAAGAUGUCCCAGAUUGUGGUGUGGCGUGGCGUAUAUGUUCCAUGUAUGACAUAAUAGAUUGAUUCGUAGGAUGGGGUGAUGUUUUCAGACCGAUACGUGAGAGCCCACCAUGGGGGGACGGGAAGCAACUGAUAGAAAACAAUAUAGCUUGUUCAGAAAAUGAAUCUCAUAUUACAUACCAUAUAUCUCAUACUUAGGAAGGGUAUUGGGUAUACAUAUCAAUGAUGCCUGUCUGGAAUAUGUGUGAAUACUUGUGAAGCACCCCAUUUGCAAUCAGCUUGGAUUAGUAUGUAAAGACUCAAAACAGGUUGGAUUUGGACAAACUUUUCUACUCCAAUUAGACCUAAAUGUGGAAAUAGCAGGAGACUUGCCCGCUCAUCUUUCAAGUGAGUUCGAGUACAAAGCAAUGACAAUACUCUAGGGGGAAUUGAUAGAUUUGUUAAAGGUUGAGUUGUUCUUUUGUAUCUUUUCUGGAUCCUUGAUGAUUUACCAAUUUUUGUCCUCCCAUAAAUGAUUUCCAUCACCCUGUCGCAUGGUAGAUAGGUGGGAUUUGAGAGAGCAUUGGCAAUUGUUGUGAAAACACAUUAGACAGGGAUUUUGUCUGGAUUGUGUUCUUGUUCAUGUAUUAGGAAAGAGUGUUUUCUAAUAUCUUUUAAAAGUUCUAACAUGUUGGUGGGAAAUUUGAUCCUCUAACAUUUUGAU